AGGCUGCGGCUGCCGUUUCCGAGCGGAAGGGCGACGCGGGGUUGUUGGGAAGCGGCUGCCUGGAUUCCCUGGGCUUUUUCCGCGUCCGGGUCGGCCCCGGGAAGUCGGAGGGGAUUGAUCGGGGGCGGCAUUCAGCUCGCUGAAAGGAGCAAGCAAAUCAACACUGCUAUCAGGUUUUGGACCACUGAUAUCCUGCUCACCUUUAUGGUGAAUGUGACGUCAGACAGCAGUUUUUUCAACAUUAGGAAUAGCUGAGUGCCUUCUGGAUGUCCUGUAAGUUCCAGGUAGAGGUUGUUGUACUAUGAAGCUGCUACAUGAUUUGUGGAGCUGCAGAUUUGGCUGUUGAUUUACUUGUACUUCCUGUCUGGUCUGAGAUGGAAGAAGACUCGACUAUCCCAAUUUGGCAGAACAAACCUUAUGGCUCAUCGCGCAGCUUUGUCAGAAGAAUUGGGACAAACCUGCCUUUAAAACCCUGUCCUAGAGCAAGCUUUCAGGCUCUACCAAAUGUUUCAGAUCUCUAUUUAAAUGACACCCCCCCUGUUCCCACCCUGGCAGACGUUGCAUGGAUAGCUUCAGAUGAUGAAGAAACAUAUGCUAGAGUCAGGACAGACUCUCGUCCCCUGAAACACAAGUGGAAGCCCAGCCCAUUCUUUGUCAUACAGCGGAAUGCCUCCGUCCCAAAUUUGAGAAAGCAAGAAGAAAAGUUGUUGGCUCUGAAGAAACCAGGUUUACCUGCUUUGAGUCGGACCACAGAGCUCCAAGAAGAGCUGAGUCAUCUGCGGAGUCAGAUCGCGAAAAUUGUAGCUGCAGAUUCAGCUUCCUCUUCAUUAACGCCAGAUUUAUUAUCUCCAGGAAGUUCAAAUGUAUCUUCCCCCCUACCUUGUUUUGGAUCCUCAUUCCAAUCUACAACUUCCUUUGUCAUUAGUGAUAUAACGGAGGAGGAGGCAGAAUUAGAAAGUCCAGAGCUUCCGUCUGUUUCCUUACUUUGUUCUGCAACCUCUGAAUGUUGUAAAGCAGACGCAAAGGAUUCCGACGACGAAGAUUCUGUGUCUCUGUCAAAGGCCAGCAGUUUUGCAGACAUGAUGGGCAUUCUUAAAGACAUUCAUAGGAUGAAACAGAACAAAGACUUGAAUAGAACUUUACUGAAAGAGGAGGAUCCUGCAGUUCUCAUAGCAGAAGUUUUAAGAAGAAAAUUUGCCCUAAAGGAUGAAGAUGUAAACACAAAGAAGAACUGACCUUAUGCUCCCUUAUUACUCUGUAAGCAAAUUAUUGUACUCCUAAGAUAAUUUUUUUUCUCCACAGUGGCUGCCUUCCUCAAAUAUCAGACUUGCCAUUUAGGACUUAGGCUUCCUCUGGGAGGAGCUGUGGAUCUGCUGUUUUACCACACAACUUAGAAAGAUGCAAUUUUUUUAUAGGGUAAACUGUUUUCCACAACUGUUUUUUGCAUUGUUGGUAAAGAUUCUUCUGUAGCGGAACGUGCCAGAGACUUGACUGAAUUAUUUAAAUUAAAAAUGAUCAUAAUUUUGCUGCAAAAAAUGGCUAGCUACUGAUUUAUAUACUGUAAAUGGAGACAAGUACAUUAAUUCUCAAGCCAGUGGUAAGUUAUCAAGAUAAAAACAGUCCUUUGAAUUUC